UAACAGAUGGUUUGCAUCAUUUUGGUCAGUUCCCGGAUGCGUCUUCAAGAAACACAACGUCAUGGUGUCAGUUGGUCAAGGAGUGCUGCUCUUCAGUCUUCUUCUGUCCUCCCUCCGUGGACUGGCAGGACAGGAGACCAGUGACUUGGAUAUCUACAGCUUCCUCAUAAAGUCAGAGGUCAGCAGCCGCUAUGCCAUUACUGUCAUCACCAGCCGAGUGGCCAACCGUGCCAACGAGUCCCGCGAGGUGGACUUCCAUGUGGAGCUGCCAAAGAACGCCUUCAUCAGCAAAUUCACCAUGACUAUUGAUGGGAAAGCAUACGACGGGGUGGUGAAGAAGAAGGAGGAGGCCCAACAGCAGUACAGCCGAGCGGUCAGCCGGGGUCAGAGUGCUGGUCUGGUCAGUGCUGUCGGGCGAAAGCUGGAGGAAUUCAGGACCUCUGUGAUGGUGGCUGCACUUAGCAAAGUGACGUUUACGUUGACCUAUGAGGAGCUGCUGAAGAGGACUCUGGGGAAGUACAAGCUGCUGAUCAAAGCCAGGCCAAAACAGCCUGUCAAACACUUCAGUAUCGAUGUGCAGAUAUUCGAGCCGCAGGGGAUCCUCUUUGUGGAAACACAGGGGAGCCUGACCUCCAAUGACCUGGCAAGCGCCGUUAACACCACCCAAUCAGACAGAGAGGUCCACGUGCACUUCUCCCCCUCCCUUCAGCAGCAACAGCAGUGCUUCGGCUGUCAGGAGAAGGGACUUAGCGGGGAACUGCUUGUCGUCUAUGACGUCAACAGGCCGAAAUCACAGGGAGACGUGCAGGUGGUGGAUGGGUAUUUUGUACAUUACUUCGCCCCCAGUGACCUCACCCGAAUUCCCAAAAAUGUAAUUUUCAUUAUUGACCACAGCAGCUCCAUGAGAGGCACAAAGAUACAGCAGACCCGAGAGGCGAUGAUGAAGAUUUUGGGCGAUCUCCAUGAGGAUGAUUAUUUUAGCCUGAUCAAGUUUAAUGGCCAUGUGACCACCUGGAUGCCCGCAUUAGUACCUGUCAACUCCCACAACCUGGAAGUGGCACGAAAGUUUGUGGAAGGAAUUAAAGACAGAGGAAUGACAAACAUCAACGAGGCAGUUCUGAAAGGGGUGCAGAUGUUGUCCAGUUUUCUGGAAUCCGAGGCUCAAGAGGGAAGUGCUUCCAUUAUCAUCCUGCUCACUGAUGGAGACCCCACGAUAGGUGUGACUAAUCUGGAUAAGAUCCAGGCGAAUGUGAAACAGGCCAUCCGGAACAGAUACUCACUGUACUGCCUUGGGUUCGGCUUUGACGUCGACUACAGUUUCCUGGAGAGGAUGGCGCUAGAGAACGGUGGCCUGGCCAGGAGGAUUUACGAGGACUCAGAUGCAGCCCUGCAGCUGCAGGGAUUCUAUGAGGAGGUGGCUUCUCCUCUGUUGCUUGAUGUCCAGAUGAAUUACAUUGGUGUUGCCAAUGUCACCCAGACCAACUUUAGCCAGUAUUAUGCUGGUUCUGAGAUUGUGGUUGCUGGUCAGAUCACUGACAAUGACCUGGAAACACUCACUGCAGAAGUCAGAGCUAAAUCGAGAGACAAUGAAGUGACAUACCAUGAAGCAUUUCCUGAGAGUGACAGGAGCCUUGACCACUACAUCUUUAAGCCAUACAUCCAGAGACUGUGGGCUUACCUUACUGUACAGCAGUUGCUGGAAAGAGAGGUGCUGCUUUCUGGGGAGCAGAAGAAGGCAGCCAGAGAGCGGGCUCUGGCUCUCUCUCUGAGCUACAGCUUCGUGACCCCACUCACCUCAAUGGUGGUCACCAAGCCUGAGGGAGAGGACACACAGGUGGCCCACAAACCAGAGGAGGGGAAAAGGUCACAAGGUGGUCACGUUGGUCACCAGGCUCAACUACGCAAGCAGUCUGGACUUCGGGGACACAGCGUCCAGCAUUUGUAUAAACGCUUGGGGCAGUCAGCACAUGCACAGGUACAUGGAGGGCAGUCGGCACCAAUGCUGAAACAUCAUGAUGCACCAAGCACAGGAAAGGUGGCAAGAAUAGUGGGCGCCGAUGUACCAAUACUAAAGCUCAGAAGAGUACUGGUCUCCAACACUCCGCCUCCAGUAACUGUGACAAGACUGAUGCCAAAGGCAAACUUGUUAAAAGUCCUAAUGCCAGCCCAGGGGCAGAAUACCCCACUCUGUUUUCAAAUUGAAGCUCCCCAAAAUUUUGUUGACACGCUUCCCAAGAAGCUCGUCCUAAAAGUCCUGUCUGACCCUAUCUCAGGAGUUUCCAUCAACGCUGAGAUGUUAAAAGGGGAAGACUUUCUCAGGGUUGCAAUUCACUACAAAGAUGAAUGUCACAUUGAAGCAAACAGCACUGGGAUCAAGGUGACCCAAGAAGGGAAAGAAAGAUUCAUCUCCUGGACUAGCUAUGCUGCAACUGAGCACUGUAAUGGCAUCACAUUAGCUCUGCAGAAGGAGGUGCUGGAGGUGGCUGCUGGAAACAUGCGUGUUGACAUCCUACGGCACAAGAAGAGCCAGGACAGCUUCCUGUGGCCAGCCAUCAGACACCAAGCACCUAUUGCCAAUGCCACAGGAAUAAUGGGCCAGGCUCCUGUUUCAUAUCAUCUUAAGGAGACAACACCAGUGGCCAAACUGAAAAUCCUGGGUAAAGAAGUACUUGGAACAAGGGAUUCAAUGGUGGACUACAGCACCCACACCAAACCUACAGUGUACUGUUGGCUAGUGCCAUUCAGCUCUGUUGUGUUGGAGUCUCUACAAAGUGUCAUAGUUUCCCAGCUGUAGGGAGAAGUGGAAGAAGUGAUAAAAGCACAGCUUGACAACCAUAGCUCAUUAUGGAACCAUUGCUUGCGGAGUUGUAUGGGACUUUCAAUUAAAUACAAGAAAUAGUCUGUUGUAGCUA